GCAAGGCAAACAACAACUGUAGACAGCUGGCUGCUGAUGCUCUCCAUCCCCCAAAAACCCCCCCUUCCACCCCAUGACCGCUUUUGACUGAUUUUCUCGUCUACCAUUCGGCGCUACCACCACUCUCGCCAAGCGCUUGAAUGUGGAGCUUUUUCAGAUUCGUUGCGGCGUCAGACCUUUGCAGUUCUCGCUCUCCGCCGUGUUAUAUUUUUUUCUGCGAGCGUUUAGCGUGUGUGUCUUUCGCAGCAGCAACAACAACAAGCCAAAUAGAUCAUACCGAAACGAGAAAAAAAAACCGACAAAAAACCCUCGCAAAAAGAAAUUUGAAAAAAAAAGUACCAAAUUAACAUCGAAAAAAAAAAAGACCCCCCAAAAAAAAGUGUGGUCAAGUGUGUGUGUGAGUGCGAGUGCGAGUGCGAGUGCUGAGAUAUAAUUGCAAUCAAAUCUGAAUCUAAAUCUUAAUCUGAAUCCGAACUGAAAAAAAGAUAGAAAAAAAAAAAAACAGAAAAUUUAAUCGAAAAAGAAUCGAAAGCGAAGAAGUACCGAAACCCCAUCCCUCCCCCCCUCGGAAGAGAAGCGAUUGUAAUGGCUCUACUCCGUUCACUGAGCGCCCAACGAACAGCCAUCAGUUUGGUCUACGGCCGUAAUAGCAGCAAGUCCGGCAGUGCCGCCGUUGCCGCCCGACGGAGUCUCCAGUCCGCCACCCGUUCCACCCCAUCAGCAGUUGCCUCUCUAACUGGUACUGAUGAUUCAAAUGAUUCGAUAUCGCCACUAACCGGACGUCCACUGAGAAUCCCCGGACUAACGCCAUCCCACUGUCAUGGACAACGACGAUUCCUACACUCCGGCGAUAAGGCCUCCACCGCCGCCCAACCGGCCUAUGCCGAGCCCGCCGUAAAGACGGACCAAAAGACCCAGAGCAAUCAGUGCUCACCGCCAUCCUCAUCCUCGUCGUCAUCACCAUCGCCGGCUGGUAGCCCCCAGAGGGAUCCGUUGGACGUUAGCUUCAAUGAUCCGAUCGCCGCCUUCAAGAGCAAGACCACAUGGGAGCUGGUCCGGGCCUACCUGGUCUAUAUGAUCUGUUCUAGCGAGAAGCUAGUUGAGCACAACAUGACGCUACUGAAACUGGCGCGCAGCAUUUUGGGAACGAAGCUUUUUGUCCUCCUGAUGAAGUCCAGCUUCUACGGACACUUUGUGGCCGGAGAGAACCGGCACACGAUCGUCCCCGCCCUAGAGAGACUAAGAUCGUUCGGCGUGAAGCCGAUUCUUGAUUAUUCCGUCGAGGAGGACAUCUCCCAGGAGGAGGCUGAGAAGCGUGAAGUUGAAUCCUCCGUUUCGAGUGCUGGUGACUGCAAGGAGGAGGGCGCCAUGCCCCAGUACCAUGUGGACAAGUCCUUCGCCGAUCGGCGCUAUAAAGUGAGCAGUGCUCGCACCUACUUCUAUCUCAACGAGGCCACCUGUGAGCGGAACAUGGAGAUCUUCAUCAAGUGUCUGGAGGCUGUUUCCGGAGCCACCUUCGGAACUGGCAUUACGGCCAUCAAACUUACCGCCCUGGGCCGUCCGCAGUUGUUGCUACAACUCUCUGAGGUAAUCAUGCGCACACGCAAGUACAUGGAGGACAUGGUCGGCGGACAGGGCAACGUCCUCACCCACCACAAGACCAUCAAGGAUCUCGAGAAGUAUUAUGCCAGUCUCGGCGACAAUAAGAACGUCAAGGACUUUCUUAAGAACGUAACAUCCGACAAGGAAGGUAUCCUGCAUCUGUUCCCCUGGUCUGGAAUCGUUGAUGAGGACUCGCAGCUGAGCGAUACUUUCCGCGUUCCCGAUCCCCAAACCGGACAGAUGCGUCGACUGAUCUCACAAAUAUCGCCCAAAGAGGAGGAGAUGUUCCGGAAUAUGAUCCGUCGCCUCAACACCAUCGUUAGGGCUGCUGCCGAGUUGGAUGUCCGUAUUAUGGUGGAUGCGGAGCAAACCUAUUUCCAACCGGCCAUUUCCCGCAUCACCCUGGAGAUGAUGCGAAAGUUCAACAAGGACAAGGCCAUCGUCUUCAAUACCUACCAGUGCUACUUGCGUGAAACUUUCCGCGAAGUCGGCACCGAUCUGGAGCAGGCCAAGCGUCAGAACUUUUACUUUGGCGCCAAGCUGGUGCGCGGCGCCUACAUGGAGCAGGAGCGGGCUCGUGCUCAGGCCCUCGGCUAUCCAGAUCCGGUCAAUCCCACGUUCGAUGCCACCACAGAAAUGUACCACAAGACCCUAUCCGAGUGUCUGCGACGCAUCAAGCUGAUGAAGGAUGGCGGCGAGGAUGCCCAUAAGAUUGGAAUCAUGGUUGCCUCGCACAACGAGGACACGGUGCGUUUUGCCAUCCAACAGAUGAAGGAGAUUGGAAUCUCGCCGGAGGACAAGGUGAUUUGCUUUGGUCAGCUCCUUGGCAUGUGCGACUACAUCACCUUCCCACUGGGCCAAGCGGGCUACUCGGCCUACAAGUACAUCCCUUACGGACCUGUGGAGGAGGUGCUGCCAUACUUGUCGCGUCGCGCCCAGGAGAACAAGGGCGUCCUGAAGAAGAUCAAGAAGGAGAAGCGACUGCUGCUGAGCGAAAUCCGGCGUCGCAUCUUCACCGGCAGGAUGUUCUACAAGCCCAAAGGCAACUAUGUGCCCAUCUAAGGAGGGGGAGACACCGCACUCACCGCACUCACAUCCUCCACAAUCCAAUCCCAGGCUUAUAAGGACAUGGCCGUCGGACCUAUUUUAAUGUGUGUGUGUGUGUGUUCUAAUUUUUUUUCCAAUUCUUUUCGCGGCAACAAUUUCAAUUAAAGAGACAGAUACACUUUUUUGAUGAAAUAUGUACAUUUUUACGUCUUGUUGCAAACAAUAAUCUAAACGAGUUCUGUAUGUGUGUUACAAAAAAGCUAAAAAAAAAAACAAAAACUAUGAAAAGUAAAUCCAAAAAGGAUAAGAUACCAUCUACAGGAUAUUACGGUUGGAUUUGAGUUAAAAAAAAAAAAAACAAAAAAUUAAAGAGAAGAAAAGAACAUUUUUUAGCAUCGUAAUAUGAAGCAUAAAUCGAUAUAGUAUAUAUAUUAAAAUACAUAUACUGAGAGAAACUUUAUAGAGACAUUAUAUGAUAAUAUAACAUAUAGAUACAUGGAAUGUGUAUGGCUGCAUUUUAGUCCAAAAUCCAAAAAUCCAAAAAUCCAAAAAUCCAAAAUCCGAAAUCUGUUUUUGUUUGCCUCAGUUAAUAUACCUCCUCAGUAUAACAGUAUAACAGUAUAUAUAUAUAACAUUAUAUAACAGUAUAACAGUAUAAUGAGUUUUUAGUUUUUACCUCCUCCAUUUGCGAUGUGAUUAAAUCUGAUUUAAAUCUUUAUAUAAAAUCAUUAUAACUUUAUAUUUUAACUUUAAAAAACUCCCAUUAAGUUUAUCGUAUAUCGAAUAUCGUAUAUCGUAUUUUAUAUAAUUUGUUGUUGUUCCUCUCUCCAUCCGAAAUAAAAAAAAAAAAUAGUCAAAUAUAAAACUGCCUCGAUAUCGGAGCAUAACCUAUAUAUGCUAAAUUAACAAUUAUUAUUUAAUUUAAUUUAGUAACGAAAGUAACGAAGUAACGAAGCGAUAUUAUAAAAAAGUCAUUGUGCUACUAACGAUAAUAGGCAUAUUAGUCCGAUUUAGUCGCUUUAGAAGUCUCUGUUCUUCGCUUGCUCCGCUCCGCUCCGAACCAUCCAUAGAUCCAUAGAUCCAUAGAUCCAUAGAUCCAUUAUAUAGACAGUUAUAUAGACACACAGCUAACCACCAGAUGGAGCGUUAGUCCUUUAUUAUUCUCAUCAUUAUUAUUAUUAUUGUAUUGCAUAACGCUAUAAAUAAAUGAAUAAAUAAUUGUAUGAAUGUUAACUAUUUCAAUGACAAUAAUAAAAUGUUAAAAACGGAA